AUGUCAAACCUCGAGUGCGACGGUCUAUCCGUCACCCAUGAGUCGAACCAUACCGGCUCGCCCGAUCUGCGACUGAUCCACUUCAAUGACGUUUAUCACAUCGAGUCCGGCUCAGCCGAGCCCAUUGGUGGUGCCUCCCGUUUCCAGUCUCUCGUGAACUAUUACCGCUCCGACCCCCGAUUUACCGGUCAGCCCGAGGUUUUCACCUUCUUCUCUGGCGAUGCCUUUAAUCCAAGCCUCGAGAGCACCGUCACAAAGGGUCGUCAUAUGGUGCCCUUCCUGAAUAAAACUGGGAUCGACGUAGCGUGUGUGGGUAAUCAUGAUCUGGACUUUGGAGUAUCACAAUUUCGACAUUUGUCGAGCCAAUGUCAUUUCCCAUGGCUCCUGGCCAACGUUCUCGAUCCAGCUCUCGGGGAGGAUGUUUCAAUCGCCAAUUGCGGGAAAACGUGCUUGCUGACCUCCUCCAAUGGUAUCAAGAUUGGUGUGAUUGGGCUAGGAGAGAGAGAAUGGCUUGGCACGAUCAAUUCGCUUCCGCCCGACUUAAUCUACAAAUCUGCUUCUGCGACUGCGAAAGAACUAGCCCCGCAGCUCCGAGAACAGGGCGCAGAGUUGAUUGUCGUCGUUUCUCAUCAGCGUGAGCCAAAUGAUAACAAAUUGGCCAACAACCUCCCUCCAGGGUUGGUUGAUAUCAUUCUUGGAGGACAUGAUCACUACUACGCUCAUACAAUUGUCAACGGGACUCAUGUACUGCGAUCGGGGACCGAUUUCAAGCAAUUGAGUUACAUCGAAGCUUUUCGCAGAUCUGGUACAGAUACCGGUUGGGAUUUCAACAUCAUGCGACGGGAUGUCGUGCGUUCGAUUCCGGAGGACCCGGCGACCAUUGCCAUGGUUGAUCGACUAACCUCCAGCCUCAAGGCAAAACUUGAGAAGCCCGUAGGCUACACAGUGAGCCCGCUAGACGGUCGAUUCUCUACUGUUCGUCAGCGCGAGUCGAAUUUGGGUAAUUUUGUCUGCGACUUGAUGCGCUACUACUAUGCCGCUGAUUGUGCAUUGAUGGCCGGUGGGACUAUUCGCGGCGAUCAAAUAUAUCCUCCCGGUGUUUUACGGCUAAAAGACCUGUUGAAUUGUUUCCCUUUCGAAGACCCGGUAGUCCUUCUCCGACUUCGAGGUCAGGCUUUGUUGGAUGCAUUGGAAAACGGUGUCAGCCAACUUCCGGCCCUUGAGGGUCGAUUCACUCAAGUCUCCAACAUUUCCUUUGGUUUCAAACUGAACGGCCCUUCUGGCUCCCGCUUGACCUUUGCGCGACUGGGUGGAAAACCUAUUGACCCAGAACGGGAAUACGUUGUUGCCACACGUGGUUACAUGGCGCGUGGAAAGGAUGGAUUCACGUCGCUGCUGGUGAAAUCCGAGGGUGGUGACGUUGAGGAACUGGUUAGCGAAGAAAAUGGAGUGCUCAUUAGCACUAUCCUGCGCCAAUACUUCCUCAGCCUCAAGGUUCUCGGCAAAUGGCGUCGCUGGAGUCCCAGUCUUCGUCGACACUGGGGCUUGGUGCACCGUAGUCUACAUCGCAGUGGCUGGCUCAAACCACCCUCUGCUUUGCCGUCGCCGGUGGCAGAAAAAGCGCCGGCUCAUCGACUAGAGCCACGACCACCGCUUCAACGGACCAGUCGCGAUGCUUUUUAUUAUGGACGCUUCCCUCAGGAAGUCGAAGCGGCCCAGGUUGCUUCCAGCGGGACUAACAGCGACGCCAUGGACUCGGACUCUGAUGAGGACCCGGAGAUCCUCACAUCGCCUAUGCCGACAAUCAACUAUGUGACAGACCCUGCAAUGUCGUCUGAGGACGAAGAACAUCGGCUAAAGCUUGCACGCCGUGUCGUUCGAAAGUGGAUGCGACAUGCUGGACUAGAGCCAUCAGCCCUCAACACCAUGGAUGGCGAGGGUGAGUUUAUUCCCCCGUGGACCUCUGGCAUAUCCCCCCGGGUCGAGGGACGCAUCGUGAUUGAGUGA